AUGGAGGAAACAAAUGAGAUUAUGCGAAGCAAACUCAAGGAGAUGGCUAAACAUAAAGAUAAAUUGAAAGUGGCUCAUAUCAACGCUCAGUCUCUGAAUAAUUCAAACCACUUUACAGAGUUUUGGGAUGCAUUCUCCAACAGCUCUGUGGAUGUAAUAGGAGUAAGUGAGACCUUUUUCCAGGACGGCAGUCGGAUGGACAUUCCCAAUUACAAUGUAUUUAAUGUUAAUAGAAGUUCCAGGCGUGGAGGUGGAGUGGCACUGUAUGUCCAUAAUCGGCUGAAAGCAAAGCUUUUAGCCAAGUCAAGCGGUGAUAGUUUCAGACCUGAAUUUAUUAUAAUUGAGGUUAAGUGUGCUAAUGAAACUGUACUAAUAUCAUGUGUCUACCGACCACCAAAAGUUGGCUUUCUUGAAACGUACCUUGAUGCUCUAUCAAUUCUGGAUGUGAUUGCCAGCAAUUGCAAUGAACAAGUUGUAGAGUAUGGUCAGUGUGUUGCUCCUGGUUUCUCAGCUCAUGAUAUGAUAUACAGUGUGUAUGAUUUCCAUGUACCGGUUGUUAAGAAAAAAGUCAUAACCUUCAGAGACUUUAGGAAUAUUGAUAGAGAUGCCCUUAUUUGUGAUGCCAAGAGUAUUCCUUGGACCCAGGUGUAUGACUGUGAGAACUGUGAUGAUAAAGUACAAGUGUUUAAUGAUUUUCUGUUGCAGCUUUUUGAAAAGCAUGUUCCUAUCAGAAAUGUGUGUGUAAAAAAUGAUGAACCACCUUGGAUGUCUGACGAUUUAAGAGAUAUGAUUGAGGAAAGAGACAAGGCAAGGGUAAAAUCACUGAAGACGAGUGAUCCGGAAGAUUGCCAGAUUUGGGCUAGUAUUCGUCAGCUUGGAAUUGGAAAGAAAAAACAAGCCAAAGUAAGUGAUUUUCCAGUGUCUGCUAAUGAGUUGAAUGAUCAUUACUUGAAUGUCUCGAAAGUGGACCAUCCUGAGCUAGGCACGGCCACUGAGCAACUGUAUAACUGUGAUAAUGGUGAUAGUGAUCCUGAUAAUGUAUUUCAUUUUAAGUUUGUGCCUGCCCUUGAUAUAUAUAAAAUUGUUAGUGGCUUUAAGUCUAAUGCUGUUGGUGUUGAUGGAGUAUCUUUAAGAUUUGUUAAAUUGUUUCUAGAUGAAAUUGUUUUUGUAUUAGAGCACAUCAUUAACUUUUGUCUUCAGUCAAGUGUUUUUCCCUCUCUAUGGAAAUGUGCCAAUGUGUUGCCUCUACCCAAGGUAUCUAAUCCCACUAAAUGCUCUGAUUUUCGACCUGUCAGCAUCUUAUGUCUGUUUGCAAAAAUUCUUGAAAAGAUUGUUCAUGACCAGAUCUACGAUUAUGUUAGUGAUCUUAACAUAAUGAACCCGCUUCAAUCAGGAUACAGGAAGGGUCAUAGUACGGUCACUGCUCUUCUGAAAGUUGCUGAUGAUAUCAGACAGUCUAUUGAUCAUAGGAAACUGACUCUCUUAGUACUACUUGACUUUAGUAAGGCCUUUGACAGAGUCAACCAUAAGCUCUUGUUAAUUAAGCUCAGAAAACUUGGAUUUUCGAUGAAACUUCCAGGAUUUUUAAAGGGAAAUCUCCAGGGGUUUAAAGGAAAAUUUUUAGGGAUUUACAGGAAAAUCUCCUGGGAUUUACAGGAAAAUCUCCUGGAAUUAACAGGAAAAUCUCCUGGAAUUACCUGGAAUUUUGGUUCAUUCCCAGGAGCUGGUAUUACAGUGUGGAAUCCAAAUUCGAUGACAACUCUCUCCUCACCCUGA